AUGCCUGCUUCUGGCCGUCGAUGCUCCCUUCGCCAGUUCCAAGAACUUGCAGGCACCCUGAACUGGUCAUUUAAUGUUUUUCCCCUUCUUAAGCCUGGCCUUUCGAAUCUCUAUGCGAAGAUGAAGGGUAAAAACGAGCCCAAUGCUCUUAUUUUUGUUAAUAAGGCCAUCAAAGAUGAUCUCACCUGGCUCGUGCAACACCUACAUGCAUCUAGUGGUGUUUUCUUCAUGGGGACGGAGAAAUGGGGUCCUCUUGACUUGUAUCGUGGAAACAAGGAGGAUGAGAUUGCGUAUGUUGACGCCUCUGGCGCUGGCUUGGGUCUCUUCUUCCCUUGGCUCAAAGUUGGCUAUCACUGCGAUCUCCCCAGUGGUAAUCUCAACUGA